AUGACGAGAGCCAACGUCUUUAUUCUGCUUCUUGCUGGUGUGUUGGUCAACGGAAAAGACCUCCGCUGGCAGAACAGCUAUGACCAGCCUUUGGAUUUUAAUUGCCCAUCAGGACAAUCCAUCUCUCGCAUAGUGAGUGAGCAUGACAACAAAUAUGAAGACCGUCUCUGGGACUUUGGGUGCAAAGCCACGUUUGACUCAGCAACUAACUGCUUCACAUCCUCCUACGUAAAUGACUUCGACAAACCUUUCAACUACCAAUGCCCAAGCCACCAGGUCAUCACAGGGAUGAACAGCUAUCAUGACAACAAGCACGAGGACAGAAGAUGGAAGUUCACCUGCUGUGGAGCCAGCAACUUCUGUACUGAUUCCUGCCAGUGGACCAACUACGUAAAUUGGUUUGAUGAGGCCUUCACUCUUAAUGUCCCACCAAAUUCCUACCUCAUUGCAGCUGAAAGCUACCAUGACAACAAGCAUGAGUGA